CAGGCUCCCUGGCUGCCGGGCCCUGGGGGCAGCAGGAACCUCGCCUCGCUCGGGGAGGGGACCAAGGCUCCCAGACAACCCCGCCUUGUCUUCCCUCUGUGCUACGGGUCUUGGCUUGACGGGACCUGUAGGGCCACUGCAACCCUGCCUGGGGUCCCGGUCGCGUGUUCGUUUUUUGGGGAAAGCGAGAGACCGGAACGGCCUCCUGGUCGGUCUGUCUUUCCGACUGCGGGCCACUACGCGCCCCUCCAUCCGAUCAUCCUCCAUCCCAGCGCUUCUCUACUCCGCCGUGGCUGUUUCCCACUUCCUGUUUUCUUCCCGGCUCUGGCGCCAUCGAGGGUUUGCCUUCCCAGACUGGGCCUACAAGCCGGAGUCCUCCCCUGGCUCGAGGCAGAUCCAGCUGUGGCACUUCAUCCUGGAGCUGCUACGGAAGGAGGAGUAUCAGGGCGUCAUCGCCUGGCAGGGGGACUACGGGGAAUUUGUCAUCAAGGACCCUGAUGAGGUGGCCCGCCUCUGGGGUGUCCGCAAGUGCAAGCCCCAGAUGAACUAUGACAAGCUGAGCCGGGCCCUGCGCUAUUACUAUAACAAGCGCAUUCUGCACAAGACCAAGGGCAAGCGGUUCACCUACAAGUUCAACUUCAACAAGCUGGUGCUGGUUAAUUACCCUUUCAUUGACGUGGGGCUGGCCGGGGGUGCAGUGCCCCAAAGUGCCCCUCCAGUGCCAUCGGGUGGCAGCCAUUUCCGCUUCCCCCCUUCAACGCCUUCCGAGGUGCUGUCUCCCACCGAGGAUCCCCGAUCUCCACCGGCUUGCUCUUCAUCUUCCUCCUCGCUCUUCUCUGCUGUGGUAGCCCGACGUUUGGGCCGGGGCUCAGUCAGUGACUGUAGUGAUGGCACGUCAGAGUUGGAGGAGCCUCUGGGAGAGGACCCCCGGGCACGACCACCUGGCCCUCCAGAGCUGGGUGCUUUCCGAGGGCCCCCCCUGGCCCGCCUCCCACAUGACCCUGGUGUCUUCCGUGUCUACCCCCGGCCCCGGGGUGGCCCUGAACCCCUAAGCCCCUUCCCUGUGUCACCCUUGGCAGGGCCUGGCUCCCUUCUGCCCCCUCAGCUCUCCCCGGCUCUGCCUAUGACUCCCACCCACCUGGCCUACACACCCUCACCCACGUUGAGUCCUAUGUACCCCAGCGGUGGUGGGGGCCCUAGUGGCUCGGGAGGCUCCCACUUCUCCUUCAGCCCCGAGGACAUGAAACGGUACCUGCAGGCCCACACCCAAAGCGUCUACAACUACCACCUCAGUCCCCGCGCCUUCCUGCACUACCCUGGGCUGGUGGUGCCCCAGCCACAGCGCCCUGACAAGUGCCCGCUGCCGCCCAUGGCACCUGAGACCCCACCGGUCCCCUCCUCAGCCUCGUCUUCCUCUUCCUCCUCUUCAUCCCCGUUCAAGUUUAAGCUGCAGCCACCUCCGCUAGGACGCCGGCAGCGGGCAGCUGGAGAGAAGGCUCCAGGAGGCACCGACAAGAGCAGCGGUAGCAGUGGCUCAGGUGGGCUGGCUGAGGGGGCAGGCGCAUUGGUCCCCCCACCGCCACCACCCCAGAUCAAGGUGGAGCCCAUCUCAGAAGGCGAGUCCGAGGAGGUAGAGGUGACUGACAUCAGUGACGAGGAUGAGGAAGAUGGGGAGGUGUUCAAGACUCCCCGUGCCCCACCUGCUCCCCCAAAGCCAGAGCCCGGAGAGGCACCUGGGGCAGCCCAGUGCAUGCCCCUUAAACUGCGCUUUAAGCGGCGCUGGAGUGAAGACUGUCGCCUGGAGGGGGGCGGGGCUCUGUCUGGGGGCCCUGAGGAUGAGGGUGAGGACAAGAAGGUGCGUGGGGACACGGGCCCUGGGGAGGCUGGGGGGCCACUCACCCCACGACGGGUGAGCUCAGAUCUCCAGCACGCCACAGCUCAGCUCUCUCUGGAGCAUCGAGAUUCCUGAGAGCCAUGGGCAAGGGCCCCCGUGUGCCCCCUCAACACCCCAAGCUUUUGCUGCCUUAACCCCCACAAAGCCCUGGAGGUGAGGGCAGCUCUCUUAGUCUCUUCCCUGCCUCCUCCCUUUCUCCUCCCCACAUUUUGUAUAAAACUUUUUUUUUUUAAAUGGUAGGGUGGGUGGGUACCCAGGACUGGGGGCUAAUCUCCUCAUCUCUGGGUUUCUAAGUUCCGGGCAAAGUGGUGGUGGGGGGCG